CCCACUGGUAAACCCACAGAUAACGAGAACAUGAAUCAAAUCAAAGGGCCGGAAUUACGUAAACGAUCCAAACCACAUUUUAUGCAUCAUCAUCACCUCAUCAGCCCCCCUUUUGUUGUUUUCUCUUACCAGUAACCAAUCUUAUCGGUCGAAUCAAAAUCCCAAGAAAAGUUUCUCGAAAGGAUGACUGACACGUGUCCGUCGUCGUAUGAUCCGCAAAACCCUCGAACCCCCAAAUGCUCCCCCUUUCCCUUUUUGCUUACAUCUCCGCCACCUUUCUUCCUUUCUGUUUCACUCACUUCCCCUUUCCUCAUCAAAUAGUAUACCACCAACAAACAAUUGCUGAAAUCUCCGAUACAGAUUCAGUUGCCUUAAAUCCGAUGCUUAAUUUAAUCUAAUUUUAGCUCUAACUCCACAAAUCCCACCGGAAAGUUUCCGAUUUCUCAGACUUUUCCCCCUUCGUGGGCCCAGGUUAUCCUAUUCUCUUUUUUCUGGCUCGGAACUUUGGCUGAUUAUACUUGGGUUUUGAUUCAAUGGUUUACCUGGGUUUUGAGGGUUGGAAAUGUUUGAUCUCUUCAUGUUAACACACUUCCGUUCCCAAAUCUGUCUGCGAAAACGGAAAAAAAGGGUACUGAUUCCGAAUCCACCCGCUUCCGCACUAAUCAGAUAAGUCCUAAUCUGUAUCUUUCUUGGUUACUUUUCUGAAGCUAAAAAUUUGGAUAUACUGCACAUAUGAAAACUUUUCUCUCCUUGUAUCCAUUCCCUUUUCGGUUAAUUUGAGCUAGACCAUCUUAGUUCUGUUCAGAUCAGCAGGGGAGGGGUUGUUUUAAUUUUAAUCUGGAGUGGUCUAGCUGGGUUUCUCUCUGUCCUUUUGAUCCAAUCAUCUUUGUAUAUAUAACGAGUUAGUGUAGAUACUGGUUUUUAGAGUGGCACAGAGGAAUUUUUCGAUUUGGAGUAAGUGUUCUUGGGUUUGAAAGUGGCGAAAAUGAGUUUGAGUGCGGCUGAGGAUGAUUCAGCAUCAGAAAUUCAUCUUCCAGCCGAUAUUGAUUGGGAGAUGCUUGAUAAAUCCAAGUUUUUCUUCCUUGGUGCUGCUUUAUUUUCGGGUGUUUCAGCUGCACUUUACCCGAUUGUGGUGUUAAAGACUAGGCAACAAGUGAUGGUGAACGAAGUCCCAUGUUUUAAAAUGGCGAUUUCUAUUCUAAAGAACGAAGGAUUUAGGGGGUUUUAUAGGGGGUUUGGUACUUCCCUAACCGGAACUAUUCCUGCCAGAGCCCUGUAUAUGGGAGCUCUUGAAAUGACUAAGAGCAAUGUGGGUUCUGCAACCGUGCAGCUGGGGAUGUCUGAAGCCUCUGCUUCAGCUGUUGCUAAUGCUGCAGCUGGUCUCAGUGCUGCUAUGGCUGCUCAGUUGGUUUGGACACCGGUUGAUGUUGUGAGUCAGAGACUGAUGGUCCAAGGAAGCUGCAUGAAUGGGCAUUCCGGCAACGCUGUUACUUUGAAAACAUACAGUGGGGGAAUAGAUGCAUUCCGAAGAAUAUUGCAUUCUGAUGGGGUGAGAGGAUUGUAUAGGGGAUUUGGAAUCUCGAUACUGACUUAUGCCCCUUCCAAUGCUGUAUGGUGGGCUUCUUACUCUGUUGCUCAUAGAACUAUUUGGGGAUGUGUUGGUGCCUAUGGUUGCAAGAAAAAUGAACAUGGCUACAGGCCAGAUGGCGCUGCUGUAGUUGCAGUUCAAGGUUUAAGUGCCGCUAUGGCCAGUGGAGUUUCUGCUUUGGUUACAAUGCCGCUUGAUACUAUAAAGACGCGAAUGCAAGUCCUAGAUGAAGAAGGAAGUGGCCGUAGGCCACCAACGAUUCUACAAACUGUUCGGAACUUGGUGAAGGAAGGCGGAUUUAGUGCUUGUUACCGAGGUUUGGCUCCAAGAUGGGCGUCUAUGUCUAUGUCUGCAACUACCAUGAUCACCACCUAUGAGUUCCUCAAGCGGUUAUCCACAAAAACUCAAGAUGGCUUUGCAUAAUGAGUUCUGCAUCCCUGGUGAUGGGAUGCGAGAAUGAAUAGCUCAGGGAGAGUUUUUGUGUUUUGUCAAACCCCUCUAUGUUAAGGUAGCUAGCUAAUACUUCAAACUUUUGGCACGCCAACGGAAGUAUCAUUGUAAAUGUGUACAGAUGUAACAAUCCUUGUUAAAGUUUCAUCAAUGGAUUUGCUUUAUCUUUUCCCUUUUACAUCAAGAAGUUACAUUAUUUAUGUUCAGAGUGCCCUUCUAGGGGUGUGCUUUGCCCAAGUCUAUUGCGACAGUCCUUUGGAUUUGCCCUCUGAUUGCGCUUUGGAUGUGUAUGUGUGAGGGUUUGUGCUUAUUUCCUCCAUAGGCUUUGAAACGCUAAAGAGCAUCAACAAGAUAGCCAAUUUUAGUUUUGAGUAUCCAUAUUGACUUGUUCGAGCUUGGUUUUGACUUUAUUUGUUUUUACCAGGAAAGCACCAAAUCAAAGGAACACCUCAUUUUCUUCUUUCAAUAAAGCAAAUGAGGAGGAACGUGAGAUGCUUGGCAUAUCAUCAGCCGUAUCAUUAGCCGAACAUUUAUUACAACUAAAAUUUCGGGUCUAGCAUUUAGCAUUAUUUUGCAACUAUCGUAAAGUUGUCGUUGUUGGCCUGUUGCGACGUUGAAUGCGAAUUUGCGAUAUAAUUUUUCUGUCUCGUUCUAAUUCAAAAAAUCAUAACAUCAAGAUGAGAUGGAAGGACUAUUAAGG